AUGGAUGAUAUGGUUGAAAUAAUGGAUGCUCAGUUAAGCAUCACUACAAUGACAAGUGUCGAUGGUACCAGCUUUAAACUUACUAAAGCGUGGUACCCAAAUAUAGCAAAGCCGUUGAUGGUGCAAUUGUCAUAUUCCGCAAAAUUCUUCAAAAGUGAUCUUGAAGCUUUAACUUCGCAUCUACAAGGUUUCAAUUAUCAAUUAAUUGGAUCGACUUUAAUUAUAAAGAAUGGUGUCUCAAGCUCCAAACCAGAUGAUAAAUUCACUCAUUGCUUACAAGCAGUUGUUGAUUGGAAAGAAACUAAUUUUAUUGGACCUCCAAAUAAGAGUCUCUUUGAAUCCAGGUUACAAGUUUUGAAUAGGGAUAUCCUUAAGUGCACCGGUUGUGAUAAACUGGGGCACUAUAAGGUAAACUGUCCUGAAAUUUGUACAACUUGUUCAAGAGCAGGCCACCAUCAAUCCAACUGUAAUGCAUCAUUGGCCACAUUAGAAAGAAUCAAGAUGAUUCAAUCUCAAAAGUUUAAGAAAACAAAAGGGGGAAAAUCUCAAUUACCAUCAUCAUCAUCAUCUGCAAAAGUAAAUCAAUCAAAAGGAACAAAAGAUCAAAAAUCCAAUAUGGAAAAGGAUGGCUUCAGUCAAACCCCAAAGAAAAAAAGCUCAAGACCAACCGUAGCAACAACUAAUAUUCCUCAAACACCAAAACAGGUUAAUAAGUAUGCAAUUGCUUUUAAUCAGCAAAAGAAACAACAAGAAACAGAAAGAGGUUCAAAUUCAGAAGAAGUCCCAGGUGAAAAGGACAUUGAAAAACCAGCUUCAAAACCAUCAACCACUUCAGAAGAAAGUAUUAUCAACAAAUCUGGUCAAAAUGAUAAAGAUAAGAAACAACAAAAGUCAAAUAAUAAUAACACAGAAGAUGUAUCCAUGGAUUCAGAAAAGGAGGAUUCAACCACCAAAGAAAAUUCAAUUCCUGAAAAUAUGGAAAAUAUCAUCACCACUGAAAAAGCUUCACUAACAAAUGAAGGAACAACAGAUGUUAAAUAUCUGAAUAAUUCAGAUAAACCACAAGAUAAUCAACUUGAUGAUCACAUAUUCAGUGAAUAUGCUUCAAGAUCUUUAAUUCAACAAGUUGAAGAAGGUCAUAUUGAAGACCUAGGAGAAAGUAAUACAUUCUCUUUCAAAAAGUCAUUUACCAUUGUGUCUAAAUUAAAUGGUGGAAAACCUCCAGUACAAAUCCAAAGAGGCAGAUCUCCAGAAAGGAAUCCUGAGAACAAAUCAGCUCCUGAUCCUUCACCUAAUACCAAAAGACUAAAGAGAAUUUGGGAAGAUUUUGACAACAUCGAUCCAAAAGAUUACCAAAAAGCCAUCAAAAAUGCGCCAAGCUGGUUGAUUCCAAAUCAACCAACACAACAUAAUAAGCCGAUAGACCCACUAGGAACAAAAGCUGGUGAUUCCCAAGGUGGUUUAUUAGGAUCUGAAGCUGACACAGAAGAAUCCGAUUCUGAAACUGAGAAAGCAAAUGACAGUGGUAUGCAAAUAGACGAUGACGGAAUUCAUCAAGAACCAAUUCAACCUAAUUUACCAGCAGGAGACGACAUAGGUAACCCACUAGGAGGAGAUUCAAAUCCCAAACCUGGUGAUACACCACCUCAAUAA